ACUAAUGGUUCACGUGUAAUUUGUAAAUAGGGUCUUGGCAGAAUGGACUUGUUAAACGUUCACACCGCCCUUCGUUUUGCUUGCAGUCAAGAUCCAAAUGAAUUAAAAGUUGGAGAGGAACAGUUAAAAGCCUGGCAGAAGGAUAAAGGCUAUUAUGCGGGAUUAGCUACUGUGUUUGGUGAUCAUAGUGUUGAUUCUACUGUGCGAUGGAUGGCAAUUACAUGCUUAAAGAAUGGAGUCGAUACUUAUUGGCGUCCUACUGCACCUAAUGCUAUAGACCCAGAGGAGAAGUCUCUGAUACGAAAAGUAUUGCUAGAGAGUAUUGAAGAGCCAGAGCAAAAGAUAUCAUUACAGUUAGCUGUGCUUAUAGCUAAGAUUGGACGAAUGGACUGUCCUCAUGAGUGGCCUGAACUUCUACCUGUCCUGACUGAAAAAGUAAGGAGUGAAUCACCUCUAGUUCAGAGAUGUGGUCUCCUGACAUUGAAAGAGGUUACUAAGGCAUUUAGUUCAUGGAGGCUAUCCGAGCAAAGACUAAUUUUCUUUGAAGUGACAAGUUCCAUUUUUUCUUAUACAACAAACGUAUGGUUUACUCACCUGACAUCAGUCAGUGGGUACAUUACACAAGGAAAGCUUGACAAUGCUACCAGUUCACUUACAUUAGCAACUACAUGUUUAAAGAUAUUGCAGUUGAUGUUGCUUCAUGGGUUUGCUCGAUUUAAUGCUGAUUCUGAUGCAGUUCAGUUGGUUGGAUAUCUCUUUGAAUUGGCACCGCAAGCUCUUGAACUUAGAUCUCAGUUACCACAAGAUCAUUCUUCUUUUGAAGCAGCAGAAGAAACUACUACAAUGAUUAUUAAAACUUUAUUCAAGCUACAAAGGAACCAUCCUAUUGGAUAUAUAGCCUUUCUUGACCAAACAUUAGAACUUAUUUAUAUGACAAUAUUUAAUCUUGAAAAAAGAGUUCUGUUGUAUGAGAAAUACACUGUCUAUGGACUGAACAUGUUGAAGUGCAUACUGAAAUGUGAAGACUAUGCUAUACCUUCAGCAAGAGGGACAGGGGAAGUCUUUGUACCUGUGCAAGUACUUCAAGCUCAAAAAAGUCUUAGCGAUUUCUUUAAUGAUGAGAGAUUAAGGAUGAUAUUGGAACAGAUAGUAACUAAUUUUAUGUUACUAACGUCUGAGGAUAUAGAGAUGUGGAACGAAUCUCCUGAAGAAUACUUUGCAAAUAAUUAUGAUGAAGGGCUUGGACAGUCUUAUGCAUUAUCAUUAAAGGGAAGUGUUGAAGGUGCUUUGAUGGCAGUUCUUCACACUAUGCCAUCUGCUGGUGCUCCAAUAAUCACAAGAAUGAUUGAAGCUGUUCAGAAUACUGAUAAUUCUGCUGAGUGGUCAGCAUUGUUAAUGAAAGAAGCUGUCUAUAAUGCUGUUGGACUAGUAGCAUUCGACUUGUAUCAGUACAUGGAUUUCGAAUUGUGGUUUCAGACUCAUCUCAUUAAAGACUUAUCAGUAUCAGACAAAAGGUAUCAUAUCAUUAAAAGACGAGUGCUAUGGUUGUUAGGGUGUUGGGUUGGAGUUAAAUUUGAUGCAGUGUAUCAUCCUACUCUAUACCAAUGCAUCAUUAAUAAUUUGGGACCAAAUGAAAAUGUUCUUGUGAGACUUGCUGCAGUGGACACUCUUAAACAAUCUAUUGAAGAUAUUUCAUUUAGUUCUGAACCCAUUUCAACGUUUAUUCCUAGUAUCACAGAGUGUUUAUUGGUUCUAUUGAGACAGUUGGAAAGUCCUGAGACCAAAUUACUGGUAAUGAACACGUUUUGUGUCUUAAUUGAGCGAGUUGGGACAGAUAUACAGCCUUAUGUUGGAUCACUGUUGGAGCUAAUACCACACAUGUGGGUCGAGACGCAAGGAGAUAACUCCAGUCUUUUACGAUCAGUCAUCAUUACAACACUCUCUCACACUGUGUGCUCUCUGGGCCACUUUUCAUCCCAGCUUCAUCCUUUCCUGAUACAUGUUAUAAAUGGAGCUACUGAUACAAAACAGCCUGAGCACUUGUUUUUAGCUGAAGAUGGUCUGCAGUUGUGGAAGUCAGUGUUACACCAUGCUCCUCAACCAACACUUGAAUUGGCAUCAUUAAUACAGAACAUGUCAGGACUCCUUGGCUUAGCUUCACCUUCAGAUGAUUCCACUCGUUCCUUGGAGGGUCUCAUGGAUAUUGGUUCUAGUAACUUGUUGGUGUGUUUCUAUAUCAUUAAAGCUUAUGUGAUUCUAUUCUCUCAGUCUCCUGAUAUAUUUAUGCAGUAUUGCAGUGAGGUUACUGUCAAAGCUUGUCAGACUUACAUUAGAGAUGUAAAGCAAAGUGGGGUUGAUGCUAUUGUUGAUGUUCUUGAUUUUGUAAUGGUAGCCUAUCCAACUAAUAGUCAUCAACUCCUGGAGCCAGUUCUCUUACAGUUAUUACACUGUGUCCUUAGUGGAGAAGAAACAUAUGCGCCAACUCUCUGCUUGUAUUUGGCUGUUUUAGCUCGUGCCAUGUUAUGUAAUCCACAGCAUUUUCUUAUUUUACUUCAGUCUCUUGUGCAGCAACUACAGCAAGAGGCAAAUGUAUUGCUGGGAACACUAUUGGAUAUAUGGGCCUAUAGAUUAGACAAUAUUGGAGAAAUCAAAAGAAGAAAGCUAUUUGGUUUAGCUGCAGCUUCUUUAUUAACUGUAAACGACUCUUGUGUGUUGGGUCGAUUUGGGUCACUGUUGGAUAUGUGUGUUGAAGUCCUUCAUGAUGUGACUGAUACGAGUACUACUGGUGGACUCACAGACUGUUUAGUAUUACAAGGUGAAGGUAGCCAUCAGUUUGCCAGCCCUCAUAAGCCUCACCCAUCAACUGAGAGUGAACAUGACAAGAGAGUUAGACAGGUCAAUAAAAUGGAUCCUGUAUGGACAGUAUCCUUACCACAGCUCUUAGCAACCCAGUUAGAGGUGUGUCUUAGUACACUAGGAAUGGCUCAAUAUCGGAGCCUCAUUUCUGAUGUUGAUGUGGUCGUUCGUGAACAAAUGACAGAUUUUUUACCGCCAGAUAGAGUCAACAUUCUUUUAGUUUUUGACAUGUAAUAAUCAGUUUGUAUUAAUUUAUUUCAUUUCUAUACAUGUUUGUAUGUGUCCUAAAUUAUCUUAAAAACUUAAAA